GUAAUUUUUGUUAAAAAUAACAUUUAUGUUUUGGUAGAAGCAAUCAAAUCUCUAAUCAUAUUCGGAGAUUUACAAUUUUUAUUUCUAAAAAAAUGGCUAUAGAAUUUGAUUGGGGGAAAAGAAAAUUCAUAAUUUUCUAUUGGUCAUAGAAAACCAAGAAAAUAAAAAUUGCAGGCUAGCCCCUACAAAACCUAAAUACAUCAAUUCAAAAGGAAAUAGACAAAUUUCCAAAUCACAGAAAAAAAAAAUAAAACAAGAAAGCACCAGAACCACAACAAGGGCCAAUAGUAGCAAUCCAAAAAUCCAAAAUCUCGACGUUUUGCUUUUCGGUAUUAUCCACAACUAUUUAAUUUUUUUCUCAUCAUGAUCAUCUACACACACAAAUACUAAUAAAUAGUUCCCAACUUAAAAAAAAAAAAAAAAAAAACACACCCAGAAACAAAUAUUAGAACUUUCCCGUAUGGUGGAAUGUUUCUACGUGUGCCACGUGCCUAUCGUCGACAUGAAGAGGUUAUCUCCGGUGGCCGGACUGUCAUCACCCCUCAAGUUCGAUAGAGAGAGCAAGGUGUUCGGGUUUGGGAUUGGGUUCGGGUUGAAACGGAAAGUGGUGCUAAGGAAGAGGCUGAAGCUUGUAGUGAACGCUGAGUUAUCCGAGUCUUUCUCUGUCAAUCUGGGUUUGGACUCUCAGAAGACCAUCCAGUCAAAUGAUGCAUCACAGUUAUGGUGGAUUGGUCCAGUUCCUGGGGAUAUUGCUGAAGUUGAGGCUUAUUGUAGAAUUUUUAGAGCAGCUGAAAGGCUCCAUGCUGCUUUGAUGGACACUUUAUGCAAUCCAUUGACAGGCGAAUGUAGUGUUUCAUAUGAUUUUACACCAGAGGAAAAACCAUUAGUAGAGGAUAAGAUUGUGUCUGUGCUUGGUUGGAUGCUAUCUCUUUUGAAUAAAGGAAGAGAAGAUGUUCUUUCUGGAAGAGUCUCAAUUAUGAAUACUUUUCGUGUGCCAGAUAUAAGUGUGAUGGAGGAUAACCUUCCACCACUUGCUCUUUUCAGGAGUGAGAUGAAGAGGUGCUGUGAGAGCUUACAUGUUGCUCUCGAGAACUAUUUGACACCUGACGAUUGUCGAAGCCUUCAUGUCUGGAGGAAGUUGCAAAGGUUGAAGAAUGCUUGUUAUGAUUUGGGUUUUCCACGCAAGGACGACCACCCGUGCCAUACAUUGUUUGCAAACUGGCAACCUGUUUGUUUGUCCUCCUCUAAAGAAGAGAUAGAGUCAAAAGAUUGUGAGAUAGCAUUUUGGAGGGGUGGUCAAGUAACAGACGAAGGUUUGAAGUGGUUGAUUGACAGAGGAUUCAAAACUAUUGUUGAUCUAAGAGCUGAGACUGUUAGGGAUAACUUUUAUCAAGCAGCCAUGGAUGAUGCUAUUUUUUGUGGGAAAGUUGAAUUUGUAAAAAUUCCAGUUGAGGUUAGAACUGCACCUUCAAUGGAGCAGGUUGAGAAGUUUGCAUCUUUGGUUUCAGAUUGCAACAAAAAGCCCAUUUAUCUACAUGGUAAGGAAGGAGUACGGAGAACUUCCGCAAUGGUCUCUAGAUGGCAGCAGUACAUGACUCGCUUUUCAUCUCAGUUUGUCUCAAAUCAGUCAGUGAGUCCCAGUGAUAAAUUGUCACAAGAUGCAGAUGGACCAGGAGAGCUUCUGGCAUCUUCCAGUACAGAAGAAAAGCUCAAGUUACAAGAGACAAAUGAGUUAUUGCAAGAGAGUUUGAAUGUGAUUCACAGUUUGAAUGGAGCGUAUCAUGAAGAAGUCUUCUCAGACAGUGAUAAAGAUCACAGAAUUUUUGGGGCCAAAAAUGACCUUAUUUCUAGCCAAGUUACAACUUCUGGGGAUGCAGUUGAUAAUGUGGAAGGAGCUAUGACUAACAUCUAUGAGAACACUGAUCCUCUAAAGGCUCAGAUUCCUCCUUGCAAUGUUUUCUCCAGAAAAGAAAUGUCCAGGUUUUUGAGGAGUAAAAAGAUCUCUCCUCCAAUGUAUUUCAGUCAUCAGCUCAAAAGAUUGGAAACCCUGCCUGUUUCAAGACGGACUUCUAUUAGAGCAACAUGGGAAAGUGAGGUGUUUCAUGCUAAUACUAAAUCACAGCUUGCGGAGACAGGAAGUUCCAACAAAUUGCUUAGUGCUAAAAAUCAAUCUCAAGAGCGUAAGAGCACUGCUGCUGGCAGUGGGAAGUACAUGAAUGGGGCUAGUUAUGCUUCCAGUAGCCCAAAUGUUAAUGGAUUUCUUGAAGGGGAAAGGUACUCCAUGACUGAAACCAAAGUCACAACUUUAGAUGGGAAUUUUAAUGAGCACAAUACAUCUACCUCUUCUUGCAAGAGCCAGAAGAGCAAUGGAAAGGCCUCCUCAUAUUUAAGUGAUGAUGAAUUGGGGUCAAUUGAGGGAGAUAUGUGUGCUUCUGCGACUGGUGUGGUAAGAGUGCAGUCAAGAAAGAAAGCAGAGAUGUUUUUGGUGCGGACAGAUGGGUUCUCUUGUACAAGGGAAAAGGUGACUGAAUCCUCCUUGGCCUUCACUCAUCCUAGCACCCAGCAACAGAUGCUUAUGUGGAAAUCUACACCAAAAACUGUAUUACUGUUAAAGAAGCUGGGGCCUGAACUAAUGGAAGAAGCUAAAGAGGUUGCUUCUUUCUUGUAUUAUCAAGAGAAAAUGAAUGUCCUCGUUGAACCUGACGUCCAUGACAUAUUUGCUAGAAUCCCUGGGUUUGGAUUUGUUCAAACCUUUUAUAGUCAAGAUACCAGUGAUCUCCAUGAGAGGGUUGAUUUUGUGGCAUGCUUGGGUGGAGAUGGAGUUAUAUUGCAUGCAUCAAAUUUAUUUAGAGGUGCUGUACCACCUGUUGUGUCAUUUAAUCUUGGAUCUCUUGGAUUUCUCACUUCCCACACUUUUGAAGACUGCAGGCAAGACUUGAAACAGGUCAUUCAUGGUAAUAACACAGCAGAUGGUGUUUACAUAACUCUUAGAAUGCGCCUAAGGUGUGAAAUUUUUCGAAAUGGUAAAGCGGUUCCAGGAAAAGUAUUUGAUGUCCUAAAUGAGGUCGUUGUUGAUCGGGGUUCUAAUCCAUACCUUUCUAAGAUUGAAUGUUAUGAACAUGACCGGCUUAUAACAAAGGUGCAAGGUGAUGGAGUCAUAGUAGCCACACCUACUGGGAGUACUGCUUACUCUACAGCUGCCGGAGGUUCCAUGGUUCAUCCGAAUGUUCCUUGCAUGCUUUUUACACCUAUCUGCCCGCAUUCCCUCUCAUUUAGACCAGUUAUACUUCCAGAUUCUGCAAGGCUUGAAUUGAAGAUUCCUGACGAUGCUCGGAGUAAUGCCUGGGUUUCUUUUGAUGGGAAGAGAAGGCAACAACUCUCACGAGGACAUUCUGUCAGAAUAUCUAUGAGCGAGCACCCCCUUCCAACCGUCAAUAAAUCUGACCAAACAGGUGAUUGGUUCCACAGCUUGAUUCGCUGCCUGAACUGGAAUGAGAGAUUGGAUCAAAAAGCCCUGUAAGGCUUCUGACAUUGGGUAGGAAGUUUCUUCAUCUUCAUGGAAAUUGCUGUACAGAUAUAAAUUGGAAAGAGUGAAAAAAGUUUAAUAUACUAAUAGUUAAUGUUGUUCAUUACCAACAUAGGCUUUCCCAUGAAAAUAGAGUUAGUCAAUUUUUACCCGUGAAUUUUACAAAUACUCAGUUACGAUACUUACCUCACGAAUUUGAAAUUUAGCAUCGAAUGUGCUGUAUCGAAGUCGUAAUUAGUCCUUAAAUGAUCAAUUACUUGUAAAUCUUUCUGGUAGUUUUUGGUACAGAUUUUAGUUAUAGAGGAUGGUUCCUAUGGCGAUCUAAUUUUAUUCGGAUAAAUUGGCCAUGUUGAUUUCGAUUUUAAGUUAG